GCGAGCUGCGGCCGUGGCUGCUGCACGGCUCUCGGCCCCGGAGCAUGCGCCAGAGCCGCCCCGGAGCCCCCCGCCAGCCCCGCCCGCGGCGCCCCGCGUCCCGCCGCCAGCGCAGCCCCGGACGCUAUGGCCCACCCUCCCGGCCGGCCCCGCGUGUAGGAUGGUAGCGCGCAACCAGGUGGCAGCCGACAAUGCGGUCUCCUCCUCCACGGCACCCGAGCCCCGACGGCGGCCCGAGCCCUCCUGCGCCGGGGCCCCCGCGCGCCCGCGGCCCUGCCCGGCGGCGGCGGCGGCGGCGCCCGGCCCGGGCCCCGGCGACACGCAUUUCCGCACGUUCCGCUCGCACGCCGAGUACCGGCGCAUCACCCGGGCCAGCGCGCUGCUGGACGCCUGCGGCUUCUACUGGGGGCCCCUGAGCGUGCACGGCGCGCACGAGCGGCUGCGCGCCGAGCCCGUGGGCACCUUCCUGGUGCGCGACAGCCGCCAGCGCAACUGCUUCUUCGCGCUCAGCGUGAGGAUGGCCUCGGGCCCCACGAGCAUCCGCGUGCACUUCCAGGCCGGCCGCUUCCACCUGGACGGCAGCCGCGAGAGCUUCGACUGCCUCUUCGAGCUGCUGGAGCACUACGUGGCCGCCCCGCGCCGCAUGCUGGGCGCCCCGCUGCGCCUGCGCCGCGUGCGGCCGCUGCAGGAGCUGUGCCGCCAGCGCAUCGUGGCCGCCGUGGGCCGCCAGAACCUGGCGCGGGUGCCCCUCAACCCCGUGCUCCGCGACUACCUGAGCUCCUUCCCCUUCCAGAUCUGAGCGCGCGCGCGCGGGCGCGGCAGCAUUAGCGGGCGGCCGCCGGCGGGCCUGGUUACUCUGUUUCCCAGUGUUGUUACAUUGUUAUUCUUAUUGUUAUUAUUGUUGCGGUCGCCGUCCCGGGACCGCGCGGGCGCCCGCCCCGCGGGGGGUGGAGGGGCGCGGGGCCCCGCGCGGCUCCCCGCUGGAGAAGACCCUCCCGACCUCCCCCCCACGGGGGGGGGAGGCGCCCCCCUUCUUGGUGCUCCCUCUGGGUCCCGCACCCCGGUUGUUGUAGCAGCUUGACUUAACUGUGUCUGGGGCCAGGACCCGAGCCCGUACCUCUCACCCCUUCAUGUUUACAUACACCCAGAAUCUUUGCACAAAACAGGGGUUGGGGAGGGUCUCUGGCUUGAUUUUUCUGCUGUGCAGAAUCCUAUUUUAUAUUUUUACACCGGUUUAGGUAUAAUAAACUUUGUUAUGAAAGUUA